UGCGGCGAUAGACUAGUCGACAAGUUGGCCACCCCCUAUUUAUAGCUUCAACUUAGUAUUUUAGUUCACGAAUCAGGACCUAAAAACAAUUAAACAUCUUCGUUUCAGGGGUGCUUACAACUCUUCAAUCCGUUUCUUUCCAACCUUUAGUUAACAGAUUGGGACCUUACUUUGAGAGAAAGAAUAAAGCAUUUGUAUUCCAGUGGUGCCUGGAACUUUUUAUCAGUACCACCAACUUCAGUUGAUGGUUGGAAUACUGAUAACAAGUUUAUUUUGAUUCCAUAAUCAGCAUAUUAAACCAUAAACUAAUUGAAUAAUUUAAUUUAGCUUAGGCUUGAGAGCUUAUUCUGAACAUAUAUAGAAAGAUACGAUAUCAUGGCUGCGAAUCCAGGCACCAGUUACCCCAAGCAAUUUGAAACUCCAGCACAGAAUACUGUAAUGCCAACUGCAAAUGUUCAACUACAACAACAAGCUCCAGUCGGACAAGUUAUGUUGGUACAAACUCAAUCACAAGGGGCAGCAACGGGUAAACUCAAACCACGGAAAAAAUACAAAAAUGUUCUGUUUUAUCUUGGAACAGUGGAGAUCAUUUUAGCGGUGCUCUGCGCCAUUUUUUGUGUUGUGACCCUUAUCCUGGCAGUGAGAAAUUCUUCCUAUCUGUACCAAAACUUUUACAAUGAUCAAUACUAUACCUAUAGAAUCACAAAUGGCACCAAUGCAGUGGGAGACGGAAUAUGGUGCGGCGCUGUCCUUCUAGUAUCUGGCAUCCUAGGAAUUAAGACGAAGCACCAUACAUCACCGUGUAUGUACCGGGCUAAUAUGACUUUCAGUAUUUUGGCAGCAAUAUUUAUGUUGAUUCUAAUCGUUUUGUCAAUUGUGAGUAUCGCCACGGUUUAUCCUCGGUCAUAUAGUUACAUAGUUAUGCCUUUCCAUGUUAUCCUUGCCAUCCUUGGAUUUAUAGGCAUGAUAAUCUCUAUUAUCCAUGCAGCGCUUUGCUGUGCUGGAAUUUGUUGUCGAAAAAAGCCCCGGCAAAUUAACGUUGCUUACACUACUCAACAAGGUCAAAUGGUGCAACUUGCAAAUGGUCAGUAUGUAAUGAUGCCACAAGGUUGCCAAACAUCAGGAGCUAUGUGUUAUGCACCCACAACUGUGCCUGUCCAGGCUGGAGGAGCCCCAACAAUGCAGUAUGCACCACCUCCCAUGCCCUCCCAGGCUGGAGCUCUUCCCCAAGGGCAGUAUCAACACGCUCCCAUGACUGCUCAAAUUGGAAUACCCUCCGCACCAGCCCCCAUGUCUUCCCAAAGCUCUGCAGUAUUUCCCACCGGACAAUCAUCUCAGCAAGCUGUAGCUCCUUAUCCCACAAUGCCUACACAACCAUUAAUAACCAAAGAUCAAGAAGACCAGAUGAGCUCGAAUCCUCCACAAUAUACUGAGAAAUUAAGCGUGUGGGAAAAACUUGACAAAUUCCGCAAACUUUGGAAAAUCAUAUUAUUGCAUUUAUUAUUAACUAUGAUGCAAGAUACCAACUCACAAUGGACACGGCUAGAAGGUGAAAUGGACGUAACAUCAAACCCACAUUCCAGUGUACAGCCACCCCAAACAGCAGCAAUGCCUAAACCAAGAGAAAAAUACAAAAACAAGCUAUUCAAAUUUGGAGUUACUGAAGUCGUCUUGGGUAGUUUAUCGAGCAUUUCUUGCAUUGUCACUUUAGUUCUCGCAAGUUUGAUAAAAGAAUGGCCUUAUUAUGAGCCAUACUAUGACGAAACGUUUUAUCAUACUGUGUAUUACGGUUUAACGAACACAGCUCCUGGGCUCUGGUGUGGCGCUGUUAUUAUUGCAAGUGGAAUUCUCGGCAUCAAAUCAAAGACUAUACCUACUUUAUGCAUGUACAGGGCCAAUAUGACUGUUAGUAUCAUAGCAGCAAAUUUUAUGGGGAUUCUCUGUAUAAUGUCUGGAUAUAGCGCUGGUGAUUUGUACCCAUUAAGCCACACUUAUGGUGCAUUGGCGUUGCAUUCUUUAAUGGCUGUGAUAGGUUUUGUUGGCAUGAUCAUUUGCAUCGUGCAUUCGUCGUAUUGUUGUGCCGGGGUUUGUUGUAAAAAAACACAUAAAGGUGUUGUAAUAUACACAGCAUCGUCUGUACAAUAUGCCCCUCAACAAAUGGUGCAACUGGCAAAUGGCCAAUAUAUGAUGGUGCCUGCUACAGCACCCCAGCCUAUGAUGUCAGUUUCAGGGGCUACAUAUCAGCCUGCUAGCCAAGUGCCACCUCAAGCAGUAUUAGUAGAUGCUCCGCCUCACGCACUGGCUCCCCAAAUGACAAAACAGCAAGAGGCCCAAAUGGAUAUUGAUCCACCCGAAUACACUGCGCAUGCUUCUGAUUAUCCGACAUGAUCAAAUACCUGGGGACUUGUAUACGAAAUGGAACCAUUGUAUAAUGUAUUCACUAUGUUUCGUACUUCAACUUGUCAGAGCCCUGAGAUACGGUUGGAAUGAAAUGAACUAUGUUUCACUUAUCAAGCAUUACCUUCAUAUAUAAUGAGUUACACUUCAUUCACACCAUCUAAUAUGGAAGCGGUGGAAAGCUUGACUGGUUAUCAUGCAUUGUCCAGGGCUGCGAAUUGAAGUGCGAGCCCACUGGCACUUUGAGUAUAUGUCAGACAUAGGCAAAGUACGACCCAUGGGCCAAAUCCGACUCAUUGGGUGAUUCAAUCUGGCCCGCAUGAUGCUGCCACAACCAAACUGAAACCAAAUUUUUAUGUUUUACCGGUAGCUAAAAAUAGCUCAAGGAAUUUGUUGAGAUUGCGAUUAAACUUAGUUUUGGCACGAAGCUUUUAAAUAUUGUUCAUAAAAUGUAACUUUUACAUCACACCUACAUGGCCCGCGAGUUAAAGUGGGUCAAAUUUUUGGCCCCUGAUUCAAAAACUUUGCCUAUCCCUGGUAUAUUGUCUGGUGGUUGCUUUUGCUAAUUUACCAUGAUAUGUGUGACUCCUCUUUGCUUGCAAUAGACACCCUUGCAGACAAGUAAACCCAUAGAUAAAGAAAUGAGGGUAUUUUUAUAACUCACCACAACUUCGAAAUGUGGUUUUCAACCUUUUUGAAGGAGCAGAGGCCCGAGGAACCCAUGUGCAAUAGUCUCAUUGUAGGAAUAGUAUAAUAAAUAUACAUGGUGUUAAAAAAGUUACGCAAAAUUAAGGUAAAAUUUUUCGUCAUGGCAAAGUUAAAAAAGUAACUGUUAUAAAACGUCAAUCGAAAAAUGUUUAAAUGACAUUUCACCGUAAUUCAAUACUGUUCAAAGGUGUUAGUCGUCGUUAAAUGUUUUAAGUAGCAUGUUUAACUUCUGUUUACUUUGCUUUACUUUUUAACACUCUGUAUAUAAAAGAAAACCUAACACUGUCAAAAGAUAAUGAACAAAGUAUGGCAAGUUUAAUGAUAGUAGAAUACAUAUUAGACAUUUGAUUUGGGUAUGUUGUUCGGUGCUCCCGAAGUAUGUGUAUCAAGAUGGCGCACAACCUGAACAUAGUAUGUGUACCAGGUUAUGGUCAUCAGGUUGUGCGACAUCUUGGUACACAUACUACGGAAGCGCCUGUUUUUUGAACAAUAGACGUACAAUAAUGUAGACUCUGGGAUAUGAAUGGAAAAUAACGGAACCGUGGUUGAAAGCCACCGACCUCAACCAUUUAUUACGCCAUGUGUCGGGUGCUGGCCAUACAGUCCCAACACAAGUUCUUUAAAACGGUUCCAUUACAUUUGAACCCACGACAAUUGCACCUCCAUACUAUUGCACCUAUGAAAAUUUGCACCUACGGAUAUUUGAACCCAUACUAUCACUAACAUGGAUUUUAGCACCCGCAUAUAGAUUGAACCCGCGGAUAUAUGGGUUCAAAUGUGCUGUCACCCUUCAAAACCUAUGGUGCGAUAUGGCUCAAUGCUCUGACCAUUAUGUCAUCGUCAGAUCGCAGUGUGCUAAUCAUUAAGGAUUCGCACGCCACACACCGUGAGUUCGUAGGUUCGAAUCACUUCGGGCUUUAAUUAUAAGCUGGAGGAUUGCUGGACUCUCGCCGCCAUAGGGUUGUUCACGUAAACGAUGGUCACCUGCUCUCCCAUCGAGUCCAUGCAUCUGAAAACAAAUUACUGGCUAACUAACCCCAUACCCUCGACAUGGACUGGUAAGUGGUUACAUAUGAUCAAUCCGUGUUAUUGGCUCUCCUCUCCCUCAGGAUAAAUAUUUAAAUCUUAUUCUAUAUUGUAAAGUCGUGCUUCUGUGAAUUCUUAUUCCUGUGGACCCCAUUCAUUGAGGCUCUGGCUACAUUCAACUUUUGUCGCUCCCGAAGUAUGUGCACUAAGAUGGCGCACAACCUGAUCCCUAACCUGGUACACAUACUAUGUUCAGGUUGUGCGCCAUCUUGGUGCACACACUUAUGGAGGUCCCAACUUUUGUCAUGUACAUACAGUAUGCCACUGUGUUUAAUAAUAUCCUGAUAUGGAAUCCAUCAUUCUACAU